GGCGGCCCGGCGGCCCGGCUUGGGGCAGGACUCAAGGGACGACGCCGCCGUAGGGCCCGGGGCUCACCUGGCUGAGGGCGGUGAGAAGGCCCAGAGGCGGCCUCAGCUAGGACCCGGUGUCCCGACGAAAAGAAACCCGGUUACACUCGGCCGGGAGCCCGCUCUCUGUGAAGAUGGCGGGGCCGGAGCUGUUGCUUGACUCCAACAUCCGCCUCUGGGUGGUCCUGCCCAUCGUUAUCAUCACCUUCUUCGUGGGCAUGAUCCGCCACUACGUGUCCAUCCUGCUGCAGAGCGACAAGAAGCUCACCCAGGAACAAGUCUCCGACAGUCAAGUCCUAAUUCGAAGCAGAGUCCUCAGGGAAAAUGGAAAAUACAUUCCCAAACAGUCUUUCCUGACACGAAAGUAUUACUUCAACAACCCAGAGGAUGGAUUUUUCAAAAAAACUAAAAGGAAGGUUGUGCCGCCUUCUCCUAUGACUGAUCCCACCAUGCUCACAGACAUGAUGAAAGGCAACGUCACCAAUGUCCUGCCUAUGAUUCUUAUUGGUGGAUGGAUCAACAUGACGUUUUCAGGCUUUGUCACAACCAAGGUCCCAUUUCCACUGACCCUCCGUUUUAAGCCUAUGCUACAGCAAGGAAUUGAACUACUUACAUUAGAUGCCUCCUGGGUGAGUUCUGCAUCCUGGUAUUUCCUCAACGUCUUUGGGCUUCGGAGCAUCUACUCUUUGAUUUUGGGCCAAGAUAAUGCUGCUGACCAGUCACGGAUGAUGCAGGAGCAGAUGACUGGCGCAGCCAUGGCCAUGCCCGCAGACACCAACAAAGCUUUUAAGACAGAGUGGGAAGCUCUGGAACUGACAGAUCACCAAUGGGCACUGGAUGACGUCGAAGAGGAGCUCAUGGCCAAAGACCUCCAUUUCGAAGGCAUGUUCAAAAAGGAAUUACAGACCUCUAUUUUUUGAAGACUAAGCAGGGGCUAGCUGUGUCUGGAACUCGGAGUCGCGCUUAACCUUAUAACUUUGAUUUGAGCUGGAGCCUCUUGGAAUGAAAAGGGGGUGCCUGAGCUGGCGGGGGUGCAGCAAGGAUUGUUCUUAUCUGAGGCAGGCUCCCCUUCAUGUGUGAACCCAGAGGAAACAUGAGGAGUGUAUGCUGGGUGACUUGCCCAGAAACAGCUAUUUUUUAAAUAUUUUAAAUGUUCCUUCUGGUGACUCUAGUAAUAAAAGUAAGAGAAAGGGGGGACACUCAAGCUAGUGAUAAUAUUAAAAAACAGCAAAAAUUCAGUCUAUGGAAAAAGCAUUGUUAAUUAAACCUAAUUAUUACAUGCAGUCAUUCUGACAUUUAAACCUCAGUAAACUGUUUUCUUGGAAUCCAUCCACCCGGCAUUUCACCUUUGAUUUUUUGUUAGUAAGCUUCCCUUUCACAAAUAAUACAUUUUCAUUGUUGAAAAUUUAGGACCAAUGGAUAGACAAAAUGGAACUGUGUUGUUCAUUUUGUGCCUGCAAAUAAUAUGAAAAGCAAAUGUGUCAAAACCUUACUCAAGCUCUUUUUCAGAGUAAAUACCCAGGGUCAGGACAGACUUAGCAAACCUUCUCUCUGUUUUAAUACUAUCAAGUAAAAAUUGGUGACCCUGAGACACUGCCAGAUUCUCAAAUGCCUUUGGGAUCCUCGCAGACUUCAGCAGUUAAAUAGUGUGAGCUCUUCAUCUGGCAUUCAUACUAUAUUAAACCCAUUGUCAAAUCAGGAGAGCUGUUCUAUCCAUGGCUACUCCACUGAACGAAAGACCCCGUGUCCAAGUUAUUCUGGAUGAGAGAGAGCUUACAUAUGGCUGUAAGGAGGGAGAGAGGGCGAUUGCUGGGCGACACAGGGUAAGGGUUGCCCAGGAAGAAUUCUGUCUGGAUUAACUGUCCCGGGAAGGUGGCAGAGGGCCUUUUCGGUACCAAGAGGUGAAUGUAAUCUACACGUUGAAUGUUGUAAUCAAGAACAAACAGCUCGACUCUACAAAUUAAAUCAUUCUGUUUUCUUGUC